GCUUUGCCCGUGCCCGCCCCGCUCUUGCUUUCCUUCCCAAGUUUGGUUCUUCUUCUUAGUCCUCGAACCGCCAGUCCAAAGUGCCCUUUUUUUCUCUCUACUUCCUAUUCUUAGUAGAGAAAUUUGCAAUUAAGUUAGAGAAUUUGAUAAAUAUACGCAUAGAUUGAUUGUUGAUAGGAUAAUGUCCAUCGCCUUCGCUUUUGGCUCUCUUUGUAACAAUGUUUUCCCAUCUUCUGCUUCAAAUUAUCCCGAAAUUUCACCGAUUUGGCGUUCCAUUUCCCCUAAACUCCGACAAUUCCAAAACCCCAUCUCCCAUUCCCUGAGGAAAAGCUUUACCCUUGUCUCUUCCAGGUCGUCCGAAGCAGAGGAGCUCUCUGCUCCAGAGGACGAGUGGCUGAGCAAGCUUCCGGAAAAGAAGAAGCCCCUCUACUCUCACAGCUUGCCCUGUAUCGAGGCUUGGCUGAAGAGCUUAGGAUUUUACCAGAGUAAAGAAGACCGAGCCCUGUGGCUAAUCGAGAAGCCUGAAUGGCACGCCCAGCUCUCCCUUGAUGUCACCGACCUCUAUAUAAGAUAUCUGAAGAGUGGACCAGGAAAUCUUGAGAAAGACGUUGAGAGGAGAUUUAGUUAUGCACUAAGCAGAGAAGACAUUGAAAAUGCUGUUCUUGGAGGUCCUUGAACACGAUUCAACACCUACUCAAUGUAUUGCAAUCGUUCCUUUCGGUCAAUAAAUAUAACAUUGUUUCUUGAUCUAUUUCGUUCCCAUUCCACAUUUGGUAGCAAUGAAACCCCCCUUUUUUCUCACAUGCGAUCGUUUUACAACCCAAAAACUAAAAGUGAUUACACAAACUUAUGUUUCUGAAGUGUUAGAACCAGUACUGGUUAGAUCUGAAA